AGGAGGGAGAGAGGAAGAAAUUAAACGUAUCCAGUAGGACGGUGACAUUGUUUAGGAAUACCUUAGUGAGUGGGGCAGGGUUCUGGGUAACUGCAUUUCAUGCUGGUGACAUCAUCUCAUGGUCUUUAGGGAUAGAGAGACACAGAGUUCAUAGUCACGCUUUUUGGCAUAAGGCUCAGACUAGGGAUUUUCUACUCCUGAGGCAACUUAAAAGCCAGUCAGUCCUUCCUUCUUGGUAAGACCAGCGAUGCUUCCUGUAGAUGACGUGGUCUCUUGCCGGGGCUGGGGCUGGAAGAUCGUAGCUUUUUGGCCUGUCGGCUGGAGGCCCAGGCCCAGGGCCGUUUGGUUGGGAAACAAUGCUGAUCUCAGUCCCCAAGGCGCUUUUUUCACCAGUGUGAAAGAGGUGUGGAGAGGUGAAUCUUGCUUUCCCGUGCUAGCCUUGGCCUCCCUCAGCUUGACCAAGAUCUUGCAAGAGCCCCAGGUCCAACCGGGGUUUUGAAUCUGCUCAGGGGAGUAGGUCUCUGGUGUGUUUAAUGCUGUUCUUGGAGCUGAGGUAGCAAAUCAAGGGCCGUGUAUGUUACAUCCCCCCACCCCACCCCAGACCAUCCUGCGGUGGUUUGGAGUUUCCUGGUUUCUGUCAGGUCUGUUAUCCUGGCUGAAGGAGAGUGUUGUCACCACGUGGUGGCAUGUACUCACUCCCCCUUCCCAGUCUCCAUGGAUCCCAACACCACAGAGCAUUCUCGAGUGCAGUCAGCCUGUUAAGUUUUAAGCUUACUUGUUGGCAACCUGGCUGCUGUAUUUUUUUUUUUUUUUGAAGAGGGCGAAAUUCUUGGUUUCCCAAGGGACUGGGAACCUCUCAAGGAAUCCAGCCUUUUGGAACUCUCCUCUGUCUGAGCUGGGGUAUUUUGAAGGACCACAUGAAAGAAAAGGGAGUGGCUGUUAAGAUUUCCUUGGCUUUUGGGUUGUGAUCAGACAGUAGAGCGGCCUUAUGAGCGCUCACGGCUUAACGUGCCUGGUUAUCCAAGUGUGUGCCGCCAGGGCUGGGGGCACCUCAGAGAGUGACUCCGACUGAAUGGGGGGGGACCUCUUCCCCCACCCUGCCCUGUAAGAAAAGUGCACAGCAGAGAGCUGGCUCGCGUCUUCUGCCUCAGGAAGUAUACGAUGGCCCUUCUCCCGCCCCCAGCGCCGCGGAAACCCUUAAAUCUGCUCAUUGUCAUGUCCACAUGGAGAGGAGUGGAUGUGUGAUGCAAGUGGGAUUAUUUGGUCAUGAGUAUCUGCUGACUCAGCCUGGAGAGGAUUUUGAAGGAGAUGAGAUGAAAUUUCAUCCGUGCUGCCGCGAGCAGGGGGCGCGUUGCUGGCUGGAGGGAGGACUGUAGGCCUGCGCGAGCCAAGGCUCCAGAUGCACAUGUUGAAUGGAGCACUUCUGGCCCUGCUGUUUCCUGUGGUAAAUACCCGGCUGCUCCCCUUUGAAUUGGAGAUUUACUACAUUCAGCAUGUUAUGCUCUACGUGGUGCCCAUCUACCUGCUUUGGAAAGGAGGUGCUUACACCCCAGAGCCCCUCAGCAGUUUCCGGUGGGCCCUUCUCUCAACUGGCCUCAUGUUCUUUUACCACUUCAGCGUCUUGCAGAUCCUGGGCCUGGUCACCGAAGUGAAUUUGAACAACAUGCUGUGUCCGGCCAUCUCAGACCCAUUCUACGGCCCCUGGUAUCGCAUCUGGGCCUCGGGACACCAGACUCUCAUGACCAUGACCCACGGGAAGCUGGUCAUCCUGUUCUCAUACAUGGCUGGGCCCUUGUGUAAAUAUCUGCUGGAUUUGCUCCGGCUUCCAGCCAAGAAAAUAGACUGAAGGUGCUUGUCUUUUUUUUUUUUUUUUUUUUUCUCCCUGAGGAAGCAAGUCCUGACUUGACUUGGAGAACACCCAGUUCUUGAUGAAAUCAUGGGGAGAGGGCAGUAGGAUGUCUGGUGUAUUUCUCUUUCCCUUCUCUCUGUCCCUUUCUUCCAUACUCUUCCCUCCCCAGCUCUUCCGCCCAGGACAUCUCCUGGGCCUGAGGCAUCAUGCUGAGGGUGGGAUCCUUUCCCCUCCCCUUUGGCUCUUUCUCUCUGCUCCUAGUGGCCUUAUGUGGGCGAAAGUAGUCUGGCUUUCACUCUGCUUGUUGGUGCUUUCAUGACAGCUGGUUGAGGGGACGGGGACCAACAAGCAGUAGUUCUUUUGUUGGCAUUGAGGUGAUGAGAUUGGGUUGGGUUUCAUUUCUCCACUGCCAGGGACCUCCAGGCUUAUGCCAGGGUCCCCUUUUGUCUCCAGCACAGCCCCCACCAUGAUGGGACCGAGGCCUUGUUUCUAUACCAGCGGCAUGCCAAGAGCCAAGGGAUUUCCCCACUCAUGGCCAAAAUAGAACCUGCCAGAGUCUUCCCAUUGGUGUCCCAUGACUCAAAGCAAGCAGCCAACUAGCCACUCCCUCCAAGAUGCUGCCCUGCGGUGGAAGGUGGGGGCACUACCUGACCCCAAGGCUAGAUUCUUCUGGGGGUAGAGAGCUGUUGCAGUGGCAAAAUCCAAAGUGAACAAGUUUAAAGUCUCCACAGCUCCUACUUGGCAGGACCCUGGGUCCAUCCUGCCUGAGAGAGCUGAGAAGUGACCCACAUCCCAGUGAGAAGUUAGCAUAGAAAUUAAUCAACAGAAGUGGUAACUUGAGAAAACUGUGAUUUGAAUCAUAUGCUCCAUUUUAGUUCAAUGUUGAUAACAGAUGCCCUUUUAAUCUUGAGUGCCCCUUAAAUGUUUCUCUCUCUCUCUCUCUCUCUCUCUCUCUCUCUCUCUCUCUUCUUUUUAAAAGGCAGCUUCAGGGAAGAGUGAGCUGGAGUUGGUUGGGGUUUAUUUUAUUUUAUUAUUAUUAUUUUUUGUUUUGUUUUGUUUUUGUCAGUUUGUUUGCUUCUUUGUUUUUGGUUGUUUGAGUUCAGAGAAUCCUUGCAUCAGGGCCUGUCUCUGCGGGGGCUCCUGUCCAUCCGUUUCGUGCUUUUUAUGGGCUAUGUCAGCAUUCUGGGUUUGGAAAGAUACAGAUCCUGCCAGUGUUGUUUCCCGAGGGCCAGGGGUCAUCACUGUAGCCAGAUUCAGUGCUGAAUUGUUUAGCAUCGGGUGGGCAUCACGCACUCCCCUACUCCCCACCCAGCCCACCCUCGAAGCCCCUGUGUAGGUUGGAAGGGAGGUGCCAAGCAAUCAGACCCCCAUAGAUACAGGUUCAAGUGCUUCAGAAGGAACACCUUCUGUUGAAAGACUUGAACUCAGUCACACAUGGACUUGAAGGAGGGAGCCAGUGCCUGGGCAUUUGCUGACUCCUUGUGGGCUUCAACUAAGAACAGGUUUGCUUCAGAACAGUAAAAGCUGGUUCAGUGACUUCCUCUGAUGGCCCCCGUUCUCCUCUCCCACUGUGGGCAACUGGGAGGCUUUGGGCUGGGGUCCCGUAUUUCAGCUGUUACCAUAUCAGACCCAGGUUGAGCGUCAGUGUCUCAGUGGUCGAUUUUAGCAAAUGGACCUACGGAAGGCAGCAGAGUGCAGAAGAGUCUCUUUGAGCAUGGUGAGGCCCCAGAAGCCACACCCGGGAGGGACUGCCCUUCUCCAGUGGCCUUGCUAGCCUGGAGGCCAUCAAUCCCCAGGGUGUGGGGGAGCCAGAGAGAGCACACCUAGUACUCUCACUCCCCUUGAGCUCCUCAUGACGCACAGCCUUCAUUUUCUGCCGUCUUGGAGGGUCCGGCCAAGUCUUUUUAGUGACUCUCACCCUGGGGUCGUCCUCUGGAAGGGGGCCCCUCUGGAGCAGCUAGACUCACCCUGCCCACUGUCAAACCGCUGCGUGUAGGAAUGGCUGACGAGGAACUGUGCGAGGCCUCGGUGCCCCUUGGCUCGUCACAAAAGGAAAGGUUGGGAGGAGGUCACGGGAGGAGCCCCUGGGGGCAUGUCCUGUCCCCUCCCAGAACAAGGAAUCUCUGCAGGCAGAUGGUCUGUGCUGCAGCUGGGGGCCCGCAGCCUGGGUGUGGCAGACACUCCUCUUUGGAAUGCCACCGUGGCACGGCGAGUCGGCACUCCCUCUCUUCCUCUCCGUCUCAGUGGCAUGGCACAGGUCGCCCGUCAGCCCCGGCUUCCCUGUGUCGACAUGCCUUUGCCCUGGCUCCAGCUCAGUGCCCCAUUCGGGCUGAUAUUCUUUUGCUGGGAAGGAAAGAAGAAAGUGACAUCCCGGAGGCAGCUACAUGUGUCCAGGGAAGGGGGAGGUUGGGGGGGAGGUUGGAGGGGAGGUGCAGGACUUCCAGGGUGCCAGGCCAGCUCAGAAAAAUAUAGGCAGAAGGAAUAGAGAGUGAGCCCUGUCCACAGGCUGCGCGCGGCAUCGUGGCUUGUGUGGGAGGUGCUGGGGCGCUGCAAGUACCUGAUGUGGUCUUGUAGCUCACUCUUAACCUUGGGCCCAGCCCAUGGUGAGAGGUGACCUGGGCACCCCUACAACAGCCUGCCUUGGAAGGUGGCCCCUGUGCCAGUGGGCCCGGGCUUCCCAGCUCCUGCCGAGGGCUUUCCUGGCAGGUGCCAAGGAGGUUCCCCAGCCACCUUGGCCAAGUUUCCAUAUGCCAUUUGCCAGCGUGCGGGAGCUCGCUGCGUGCGCGCACGUGUGGGUAUCUGAGAGAGUGUUCGUGGAAGUGGACAGUUUCUUCUCAAACAGCCCCAGGAAGCGAAAGGAGGGCUUUCCCAGCCCCCAGGUAGUCUUGGCCAAGGAUCUGGGCCAAUGAUAAGAGUCCGCUUAGCUGGCCAACUUUGUGGCAUCAGCUCAGAAUAGAAGAGAUGGUCACGCCUGCUUGCAGCCCCCUCCCUCUUCCCAGGUAUACACAUUCCUCUGUCCUCUCGCAGGGUGGUCUGGGGUUCAUUGGGAUGGUCGGCUUCUGUCGCUGUCUGGUACCUCCAGGCUAGCUACCAGAUCACCCCAUUUUGCUGUAGCCUCGCUCAGGGUUUAGCCAUUUGUGCUUGUGUUAUGUGAAGUGGGCACAGCUCCCCACCGGUAGCAAGUUGUCGGUCUGUCUCUGCGCCCCGGGGCUGGGUGGGGCCCCGGGGCCUGAGCUCAGUGGCUCAGGGGUAACAGAAAGCCCUUGAUCUCCCCCCUCCCUCGGCCAGAAGGACUUCCCUGGGUUUGUAGGCGUUGAUCCAGAGUCAUAUGUCUUCUCUGGGAGAUUGACGGGGAAGCCGGGGAGGAAUGACAGUACAGGCCAAGAUGCUGGUGCUGGUUUGCAUAGGGAGGGCGUCCCUCAGGCCCUGGCAAGAUCGGAGGCAGGCCCCACCCUGGGGAGGGUCUUCCCACCACAUGGCCUGCCCUGCCCUGCCCUCUCUGAGGGGGUUAGAGUCCACGAGACGGAGUGAGCCGCCUUCUUCUGUAUAUAGAGUGAGCCAGUACUGUGCUCAGGAAAACCUAGUCACUUGUCGCUGCUCUGUCUGUGACGUUUUCGUACACUGGUUUGCUACUCCGGGCACGAAACAAAAACAAAACAAAGUCGUUUCAAGCAACACUGUCGUUUUGGAAACUGACUUUUCUUUUGGUGUGCGUUUUGUAUUCUAUUCUAAGGAAUUCUUCAUUUAUCUUGGUGUUAUUGUGGUGGAGAGAAUAAGAUAGUCUCAUUUUUGCCAGGAAAUGGGCACAUGCCUCUGUCCCCGCCCCCAUCCUUCCCCAUUUGCUGUGCACUGGGCAGAUCCCUCCUGUCACGUCCCAUCCCCCCACUCCCCCACUGGCUCCCUUUAGAACCAGUCUUUGUGAGCCUCCUAGACAGCAGCAGGGGGAGUGCCCUUGCCAGGCUGGUUCUUGGGUGGCCCUGUGCCCCCACCAGUUUUCUCACCUCCCCGGGGCAUCUUGUAAUGUAUUUUCCUCUGUUUUGUAAAACCUUCUGAUUGUGCCGAAAUGGUUUCUGCAGUCACCUUUAGAAAUAAGUUGUCAUUCAUUUGUGUGCUUAGCAUUCUGAACUUUCAGUCUUAGCUUUUUCUGUUGUUGAAGAUCCCUGAGCGGUCCCCUCACCAUGGGACUUUACUGUUACAAUGUUUUCUUCAUUUACUCUGAUUAAAAGAUUUAUGAGAACCCAGGAGUCCUGGCCUUCCUUUCCCAGAACCUUCUUAGAAGCCCAUCUGCUUCGAAAAGUAGACAGAAAGGGGCCACUUGUCCUCCACACCAUGGAGGGACCGCCAAGGGGUAGCUGGCGCUGUGCACAGCUUUGCCCUGGGAGCCCCGCGGCUGGCCCUGAGCUCCAUGCACUGCCUGCUUCUGCUGGGGCUGCCCCGGAUGCAACAGGCCUGCUUGCUUUUAGCAGGGACUGUCUUCUGGGGACAUCUGCUGGGUUCCUGGAGCCCCACAGUGUGCUGGGCCAUGUGGCAUGACUGCUCUUAGAGGAGGUAACUUAGAAACCUGACAUGUCCAGGGCCACCUUUCCCGGGUUCCCCGAGGGCCGGUAGGUUCCGUGCCAGAACUGUUCAGCACAGGCAGACUGUCCCGUGGGGUGGGGGUGGAACACUAUCAGCCCUGCCCCUUUGGGAACAUUCGCACCUGCCUUUCUGAAGCCACGCACUGAGCAGCCCGUGGUAACCGUGAACAGGCCAGCCUGCCUUUGUACCAGACAGAGGCCCUACUUGGUGUUUUGCUGCUUCUCGAAGGGACACAGCUAGCCAACCUUCCUCCCCCCCACCCACCACCCCCGGUGCAGGUGGAUCGGCUCGUUGGCUGGUAGUUGGGCACCCAGGCUAUCAAUGAGGCAGGGGCCUGCAGUCCCAGGCUACAGAACCACUAGCUUGGGUCAGGCUCUCCGGCCGCCCCAGGCUCUCCACCUGCAGAACAAUAGUGUGCGUGGUGUGGUGCUAAGUCCCUCCACACGCAUGAUCUCCUGUAACCUCCACAGAGGCACACUGAGCUGACUGGCAACGCCCUCUCUGUCAGAGAAAGCGGGCUCUGGGCUGAAGGAGACGCUGGCAUGCGAAGGCAGUUUCGUUAGACUCUAAAGCCCAUGGGCUUUGCACUCUCCCUGGAUGCCGCUGCCUGUCUGUGGUGCCCGGAUUAACAAGGCAGACCCCUGCCCAGGGCUGCCCGCGCCCACCCCGAGAGGAAUGGGUGGAGAGCCAGGCAGUGGUGUGGAAGGCGAGAGAGGCGGGGGAACCCCACGAGUGUGCGAAGCAGAGAAGCCAAACCCAUCUUUUCUUGUGACCCCGGUGAGCCCCAGAGCGGAGCUGAGAGUGGACGCGAGGCCAGGCAAGAGCUGGCCCAAGGGGCAGGACAGAAAGUGGCUGCUGGAAGGAGGUGAGGAAAAUUGGUCACAUGGCCUUUCCGUGUGGCUCCCUUUUCAGAAAGAGCUGUUGGGGGCAGCUGGGUGACUCCGUCAGUUAAGUGUCCAACUCUUGGUUUUGCCUCAGGUCAUGAUCUCAUGGUUUGUGAGUUCGAGCCCCACAUCAGGCUUCGUGCUGACAGUGCAGAGCCUGCUUGGGAUUGUCUCUCUGCCCCUCCCCCUCUCAUUCUCUCUCUCUCUCUGUCUCUCUCUCUCUCUCUCUCUCAAAAAUAAAUAAAUAAAUAAAUAAAUAAAUAAAUAAACUUAAAAAAAAAAAAAAAAAGAAAGAGCUACACACCAGUGACCUAGGCCAUGACCUUCUCUCCCCUGACCUAGCGAGUCUGCUUCCACCCGCCGCCUCUGUUCCAGUCUGUGUCCCGUGCCGCAGGCGGCAAAUGCACAUCUGCCUGCAUUGCUUCCCUGGGCCCCGCAAACAUCUUUCGCUUCAUCUCCUCUCCCCCACGCCUCCCCCCUCCCCCGAGAACCAUACACAGGGAGAGAGACCCUUUGCUCCAGCCCACUUUUCACGCAGUGACGUUUUCCGCUUCCUUUUCUCUUUGUGCGGGUUUCUCAGCUCCCCAGUCUCCCUUCUUGUCCAAAGGCCUGAGCUCUAGUGUCCACUCCUGGGCCAGUCUUCCCUGAGCUGCAGUCCGAGUUAGGUACUUCGGCUUGGCUCCUGCAAGCACCUGGCGCUCACUGUGGGGCGCCAUGCACCCCCUUGCUAGGUAAUGCAUUCUGGCUCCUUGUACCUCUAUAGACUGAGCUCCUGGAGGGCAGGGAUGGGGUGUGAUUCGUUCUCCAGCCCGUGGGACAGGACCUGUUCCAUAGAAGGUUCUCAGUGAACAUCGAUCUUACCCAGGAGUGCUGCCAAAUGGUGAGAGGCACCACUGUCACCCCAAGGAGAAACCUUGCCACGCAAGCUGUCACCCAUCCCGUGCAUCCGUGGGUUCUCCCACGUGGAGCCAUGCGCCUUCGUUUGCCCAGGUGCCUUGAGCUGCAGCCUGGGGGCCUCCAUGCUGAGCCUUCCCUGGACCCCUGGGUGGAGGGUGGGCAAGGCGUCCGGCUACGUUUCUGGAUCCUUGGGAGCUGUUCAGUCCCCACCAGGGUCGUUCCCCCCCGCCGCCCCGUUCCCUGGGGGCACACCGGUUGGUGUUGGCACAGCCAAAACCCCGCCUGCCCGUGGAGUAUGUCCCCUAUCCCUCGGGGGGGUAGGGAGCGGCUAGGGAUGGUUACAGCGUGAUCCCCCAAUGAAUUUUCCCCUUGUCCUGGUUUGCCAAGGCCGGUGGAGAGACGGAGCUACAGACGUCAGUCUGACAAAUGCAAUGGCUUAUUCAAAGGAUGUGUGGUUUGCUGACCUUGGCAACAGGCGAGGCCGGCCUCGUCCAAAGUCAAGGACUCCCUGUUACUGCCUGUACCCACCCCUCUCCCGGUCAGCAUUCGCCCGGCAUCCAGAGUGCACAUCUGGGGUGUCUGAGCUGCCUGGCAAGGAGGUUUAAGUGUCUGCCAGGGGCGCGGUAGGGAAGGCUGCUCCUGUUGCUAAUGGAUGACCCGAAGGGCUCUGCCGCCCACAGCUGACUUCCUAACGUCAGUGCGGCACCUCUGGGAGUCUCCCAGCAAGGCAGGUCUGGGCAGGGAGGUUCAACACUUCCUCAGCAAAGCUCUGACAGGUGACGGGGCCGGUGGCACGGGCUGCAUAGGUGUUCUCCUUUCCAGCGAGGCCUCGAAAACCUUACCUCUGCUCCAGCUACCAGUGCUCCCUGGUCUCUCCUGCCUCCUCCUCCCCCUCCCCAUUCAGGGGGGCCACCGGGGUGCCACCUGCUCUGGCUGGCCCUUCAGCCAUUCGUUUCCUACUUUCCAGGAGUCCCAAGUCCCUUUACUAGUCAAUCUGUAGAAGACAACUCGGCUCUCCGGUCUCCUGCCUGCUGGGAAUGGGGGGCCUUCCUGUGCCCCUCCAGGAUACACCCCUGGAGUUCGAGAAUGUGGGAGCUGACAGGAUACUCAGGCAGGAGCUCCUAGAUUUUCCUGCGUAUUAGGAUCACCUGGGGAGCUUUCACAAAAAAUCCCAAUGCCCAGGCCUCGCCCCAGCUCAUGAUUCAAAGCAAACUUUUUUUGGUUUUGUUUUUACUCGAAGCUUCCAGGUUGUGAGUCAUCUCUUUGACCUGACCCUCUACACCAGUGCCUUUUAAAAAUAGAAAUAUUCAAGGCCUACCAACAAGUAGGAAGACUAAUACCUAAAUCCAGCUCAAGGAGAAGAACGUUACCAAUGCCGUGGAAACCCACCCUUACACCGGAAAUUUGGAGAUUGUUCCUCAGAGCUUCAGGGAGUCUGGAGAAGGUCCUUAGGAGCCACCUCGGGGGGAGGGAUGGGUGGGAGCAGAGUGGGUGAGGCUCUGAUCUUUCCCCUUGCUUCCCCCGGAACAAUUCUAGUUUUAUUGUUUUGUACAUUGAGGUCCUGUAAGUAAUUUCAUUGGGAAAGACAUUUAAAAGUCACUUAUUUCCACGCUCACUAGUCCUGUCUCCACUCUUCCCUGGAUAGGGGUUGUUCUGUAAUAGCGAUAGGUGCGCUUGGCCAGGUCCUACCUCUCUGAACUCCAAGGUGGCUGUGAAAACCACCAGUGGGGGAAAAAUGGCUUUAUCAAGUCCUGUCCGAUGUCAGGGGGCUCUGUUUCCAGACAGUGCAGUUACUCUGCAUGUUCUCAGCGCACAGACAUUACUUGGGGUUUUGACUACACUCACCCACUGUGCCUUAAUGUGCCCCAUGUGGUUGGGGUCUGGGGUGUGGAGGAGACAUGAUACCUCAGUUUUAAAGAAUGUGUCUGUGUUUCAUUGACUCUAAGACCUCUCCCCACACCUUGUCUUUUUUUUUUCACACGUUAAUGCCUCUAAAUUUGGGAUGCAUAUGGGGUGCCUGGGUGGCUCAGUUGGUUAAGCGUCCGGCUCUUGACUUCGGCUCAGGUCUGAUCUCACGGUUGUUCAUGAGUUUGAGCCCCGCAUCAGGCUCUAGGCUGACAGCUCGGAACCUGCUUGGGAUUCUCUCUCUCUCCUCUCUCUCUCUCCCCCUCCCCAACUUGCUCUCCAUUUCUCUCUCUCUCUCUCUCCCAACAAAUAAAAAUAAACUUAAAAAAAUAAAUUUGGGAUGCAUCUUACAAUCAGUGGCCUGACAUUUUAAUCAGCAGCUUAGUUGUCUUUUCCAGGGGCACAUAAAAUCCGUGGCCAUCUUGCAUCUGAGGUGUCUUAGAGUUGCCGGGAUGCCGUAAUUGUUCCUUGCCCCAUGAGAGUCCCCAUCCUGGGAGAGAAAACCCCUUUGGAAAAACUUACAAACGAACUUGUCACCUAUAGUCUUGUUCCAACCCUCCAUCCUCUUUUUCUUUCCUGCCAGCAUCCACACAAGCUCUCUGCUUCCUGACCAGAGCGGGGCUCACUUUGCUGGGCUACCUCUUGGGGCAGGGAAGGAGGCCGGGUGCACCUGUAUAAGGAGCACACCAUGCCCACCAACAGGGAAUGAGGGAGGGAGGGAAGGAAGAGACCAGAAAGAGAGCUGGAGGAAGAGCCAGACAAGCUAGGCCAGCCAUCCCCGACAGCUCUGGUUUCUUUAUUUCCCACCCACGGCCUGGCCAGACAGCUCAGGCUGCUUCCCUGGGGAUUUCCCAGGGCUAGUCAUUGCCAGAGGUGAGCGAGGAGGGCUGUAGGGAGAAGGGGCCCAGCCUUGCCCUGGGUUGACGUGAGCAGCUGCCUGGCCCACACAGAGGAAGACCGUGAUUUCCUCACCUCCUCCGACAAGGCAGAAGCGUUGGGCAGUGGGCCUCUCAAGGAGAGGCAACACCUCGGCCUAGGGUAGUGUAUACUGUGGGCAUUGACCGCACUCGGAGAUUGCCACCAACCAUCCCUCAGUGCUGGCAGCUGCUCUAAUGAAGCUUGGCCCUUGUAGCCUUGAGGCCAAGCUCUUCCAGAAGGGGAAGGAGUGUCUGCAGGGAGGUCCAGGGAUACUUGAGCACAGGAAGAGGUUUUUGGGACGUCCCCUGCCCCCUCCCCGCGCCCCUCCCAAGAGCUUAGGAAGACACGAUCAGCCUGGAUUACAGCUGCCCUCAUGUAACUGGGUUAAAGUGUUGGCCUACUUAGGCCCCUCCUGCGGUGGCCUCCUUCAAAGCUGAUGAGGCCGAUUAGGAGGCUAUUUCUGAGCCCUAGUUGUGUACCCAGAAGCCUGGGGGCCGUCCUCCUGUGACAAGAAAGACAAUAACUAAGGCUAGACGGCCAAGGGCAGGCUCGGCCCUGCCUGUGGGAGAGCAGUUCUGUCAGACCUCGUGUGUCCUUGUAAAACAAAGAGUCAAAUAAUGUCAAGCCUAAGCACCUGGGGUUUGAACUUCAAACCAACCAGUUUUCAGCCAAAGACCUUGUCCUAUGUCUUUGCUGUCUCCAGUCCUAGAGAGAGAUGACAGAGAGGCAAGAGGAAGCCUGCCUCCAUCGAUGAUCAAUGAUAGCCACCUUCCUCCAUUCGGUAGGUGCUGUGCAUUUGAGGGCUAUUUUUGUUGACCUUCUCUGAGCCUCAGUUUACUCAUCUGUAAAAUGGAAAUAACAUCAGUACCUGCUUCCUGGAGCCGGUGUGAAGAGUGACUAGAUAAGGCACGUAAAGGCACUUGGCACAGUGCCUGGCCCCUUAAGCCCUGCUUCCAUCAAUGCCAGACGCCAUCACUGCUAUCGUUACCACCGCUACUGCCACCACCAUUGCCACCCUCAUACUCAUCCUCAUCGAGACAUCAGAGUGAACGCUAGAGAGCUCAGUCUCUGGAGCCUGACAAGCUUGGUCUGAAUCGUGGCUCUGCCAUUUUGUAGCCUAGGUAGCCUUAGAUAAUUGGUAACUUCUUUGAACUAGAUUCUUAUUCUGUAAAAUGGGAGAUUUAUAAGGCUGUUGAAAAGUGGAUGCCAUGGUCCUUACCACACAGUAAGCACUCGAUCAGUGCUGGCUCUUUUAAUUACUUAAAAGGAAUGAUCAUGAUCAGUGGUAUCAGGGGUUGGGGUAGGGAGGGAUGAGUAGGUGAAGCACAGAGGACUUUUAGGGCAGUGAAACUGUUCUGUAUGCUACUGUAAUGGUAGAUACAUGUCGUUAUACAUUUAUCCAAACCCACAGAAUGUACAGCAUCACCAGUGAAGCCUAAUGUAAAUGCUAGACUUUGGGUGAUAACGAUGUGCCGAUGUAGGUUCAUCAUUUGUAACAAAUGUGCCACUCACGUGUGGGGAUAUUCAUGGUGAGGAGGAGGCUGUGUGUGGAGGGCGGGGUGGCAGGCAGUGAGUAUAUGGGAACUUGCUGUACUUUCUGCUCAAUUUUGCUGUGAACCUAAAAGUGCUCUAAAAUUACAGUCUAUUUGAAAGAAACGGGAAAGAAAAAGGUGAUCGAACUAGAUUGUUAUAAAUCUGGGAUGUUAACCAUAAUCCCCAUGGUAACCACUAAGAAGAUAAAUAAAAGAUACAGAAAAGGAAGAGGGAAUCAAAAUGAUUCACAAGGGGAAAAAAAUCCAUCAGACACAAAACAAGGCAUAGGAACUGAGGAACAAAAAAAGAUAUGACGUACAGAAAACAAAUAGCACAAUAGCAGAAAAAAAAUCCUAAAUAAUUAGUGACUAUCACUAAUCACUAAAUGUAAAUGGAUUAAACUUGCCAAUUAAAAGAAAUAGGUUGGCAAAAUGGAUGUGAAAAAGACAUGACCCCACUUAUAUGCUGCUUACAAAAUAGAUUAGACCCGAAGACACAAAUAGGUUGGAAGUGAAGGAAUGAAAAAGAUACUCAGUGGAAGUAAUGGUUACCAAAAGAGAGCCGGGGUGGCUACAUACCAGGCCAAAUCAAUUUUAAGUGAAAAACUGUUACAAGAGGCCAAGAAGGGCAUUUUUAUUGAUAAAAGGCUUGAUUCUUUGAGAGGAUACAAUUCUGAACACACAAGACACCAAACAGAUUUAAAAGAUCAGAAGGAAACACUGACAGAAUCAAAGGGAGAAACAGACAGUUCUAUAGUAAUAGGUGGAGACAUCUAUAUCCCACUUUAAAUAAUGGAUAGGACCCUUAGACAAUAAUAGGUCAAUACGGAAUGGAAGACUUGAAGAACAGUAUAAACCAACUAGACCAGAAGACAUACACAGAACACUCUACCCAGUAAGAGCACCGCACACAUUCCUCUCAAGUGUACAUGUACCAUUCUCCAGGAUGCACCAUAUGUUAGGUUAUAAAACAAUCCUCAAUACGUUUUAAAAAGAUUGAAAUCAUACAAAGCAUCUUCUGUGAUCAAAUGGAAUGAAGCUAGAAAUCAGUAACAGAAGGAAAACUGAAGAAUUGCAAAUAUGUGGAAAUUAGACAACGCACUCUUAACCAAUGGGUUAAAGAAGAAGUCACUAGGGAAAUUAGAAAAUGCUCUGAGAUAAAUGAAAAUGAAAAUACAAUAUACCAGAAUGUACAGGAUAAAGUGAAGGCAGUGCUCAGAGUUGAAUUUAUAGCUAGGAGGAACACUUUCAUUAAAAAGGAAGCUCUGAAAUCAACACCCUAACUUUACAUCUUGAGGAAGUAGAAAAAGAAGGGCAGAAUUAAAUGAGAAAGAGAAUAGAAAAAUAUAGAAUCAGUGAAACCGAUAAUUGGUUCUUUAAAAAGAUAGACAAAAUUGACAAAACUUUAGCCAGACUCAUUAAGAAGAAAAAGACAAAUAAAAAUUGGAAAUGAAAGCAAGGGUGUUACCACCAAUCUUACAAAAAUUAUAAGGCUCAUCAGAGAACACUAUAAGCAGUUGUAUACCAAUAAAUUAGUCUUCAGGAAAUGGACAAGUUCCUAGAAACAUACAAAUUACCAAAACUGACUCAAGAAGAAAUACACAUCCGAAUAGACCUAUCAGUAAAGAGAGUGAAUCAGAAUCAAAAACCUCCCAACUAGGAAAAAGCCCAGGCUUCAUUGAUGAAUUCUACCGAACAUUUAAAGAUUUGACAAUAAUCCUAUUCAAACUCUUCCAAAAAAAAAAAAAAAAAGAAGAACAGAAGAGG